AAUCAACCCCUGUACCGCCCAUGUAGUCUCCCAUGGAGAGAGAUGGGUUGAAUUGGGAAAGCUGUAGGAACGCUAUAAGAAAGUUUGGGGGAGGAGGUAGACUCUAGAGGUAACCUCUCUCUCCCUCCAUCAUACACUUCAUCCCCUCCCCCUUCAUACCUUAUUUUCUCACUCCCACCAUCGCUAACGCUCACUCUCAUAUUCAGUCGCGGCGGAGCUCAGGUCCGGAUAACUGUGCCGGCGAAUGAUGCUGGGAAUGAUGCCUGCGGUUGGAGCCGUGGGAGUCGGGCUGCUCUGCGCACUGCUUGUCGCCCUCAUGCCGGGUGCCAUGUCGGAAAUGGCGACUCUGGUGCAGGACCCGGUCCGACCCGAAUCGUCCCUUCUGAAGCCAAAAAUCAUGAUCGCCAUUCUGGCUCGCAACGCGGCGCACAGCCUGCCGCACUACCUGGGCUGCAUCGACAGGCUAGACUACCCGAAGGAGCGGAUAGCUAUAUGGGCAGCGACAGACCACAGUGUGGACAACAGCACAGCCAUGCUGAGGGAGUGGCUGAAGCAGGCCCAGGACCAGUACCACUAUGUGGAGUGGAGACCCAUGGAGGAGCCCAAGUCCUAUACAGAUGAGUGGGGGCCCAAGCACUGGCCUCCGUCCCGCUUCAACCAUGUGAUGAAGCUGAGGCAGGCUGCUCUGAAGGCAGCACGGGAACGCUGGGCAGAUUAUAUACUGUUUGCAGACAGUGAUAACCUGCUGACCAACCCCAGGAUCCUGAACCUGCUCAUGGCUGAGAACCUGACUCUGGUUGCUCCCAUGCUAGAGUCCCGCUCUCUCUACUCCAACUUCUGGUGUGGCAUCACUCCCCAGGGUUACUAUAAGCGUACUCCAGACUACCAACCAAUCAGGGAGUGGAAGCGUCUGGGUUGCUUCGCCGUACCCAUGAUGCACUCUACCUUCCUGUUGGACCUGAGGCGUGACGCCAGUCGGGAGCUGGCCUUCUAUCCCCCUCACCCUGACUACAGCUGGGCCUUCGAUGACAUCAUGGUGUUCUCCUUCUCCGCCCGACAGGCAGAUGUGCAGAUGUACGUGUGUAACAGAGAACACUAUGGCUUCCUGCCGGUUCCACUGAAGGCCUCGCAGAAUGUUGACGAGGAGAAGGAGAGCUUCACACACACCAUCGCUGAGGCCAUGAUUGACCACAACAUAGCGCCCUCAGAGUACCUGUACAAUCCCCAUAUGCCGCAGGACAAGAUGGGCUUUGAUGAGAUCUUCCUGAUCAAUCUUAAACGUCGUCUGGACAGGAGACAGAGGAUGUUGAGCACCAUGGCCUCUCUGGGUCUGCAGGCCACCCUCACUGACGCAGUGGAUGGCAAGGCUCUGAACACUUCUCAGCUGCAGACGUUGGGUAUAGAGAUGAUUCCAGGUUAUAAGGACCCAUACUCUGGCCGUGUUCUAACCAGAGGAGAGAUAGGCUGCUUCCUCAGCCACCACUCCACCUGGGUACAGAUGGCGGAGCGUGGUCUUUCCAAGGUGCUGGUGCUGGAGGAUGAUGUGAGGUUUGAGCCCAGAUUUAAGAGGCGAAUGAUGACCAUCAUGGAGGAAGUAGAGAAGGCCCAGCUGGACUGGGAUCUCAUCUAUGUGGGGCGUAAGCGUAUGCAGGUGCGUCAGCCGGAGCGUUCAGUGGAAGGGGUUAAUAACUUGGUGGAGGCGGACUACUCUUAUUGGACGCUGGGCUAUGCUCUGUCAGCGCAGGGCGCCAAGAAACUGCUGGCUGCUCAAGCCUUCAGCAAGAUGUUACCUGUUGAUGAGUUCCUCCCCGUCAUGUUCAACAAACACCCCAAGAAUGUGGGACCGGAAUGUUUUUUCCUGCUGCUGGUGAGAGGGACAGGAUUCCCAUUGAGCCAGAGCUGAGUAUGGGGGUGGGGUGUAGAUUUGUGUGUGUGUGUUACUAUAUAAAUACGCAGGAGUGAGUGUGUAUGUGCGAGUGUGUGUAUGUAUAUCCGUGCGUGUGCAUGCUUCUGUGUAUUCGUUUGUAUGCGUGCGUGCAUGUCUGUGUGAGUAGAAAUCACUAUGUAAAUAUAGACCAGAGCGUGUCAGAGAGAGAGAGAGAGUUAGGGAUGCCCUGGGGUCUCUCCUCUGCUCUGCCAACUCUGAGGAUCAAACACUCAGACUAAGUCCAGCCUCUCAGGGUUCAACUCCCUGGCCAGUAAUAAAGGCAUCAGUUUACUCUCUCUGUGCUGGCACUGUCUAAACGGCUGCAGGGGGGCUGACCUCUACCAGCUGACCUCUGGCUGACAGGGCCUGACUGAUUGAAGGUGACGUGUCGCUCCUCUCUCCCCUCUGCACCUCUUUACCACUCUCUGGCUCCCUUUGAUGACAUGUUAAAGUGUCAUGAUCAGCGCUCCUUUCUGACAGAUGCUGGAAGUCUCUGCCCUCCCACUGGCUCACUUUGAUGACAUGUACACAGUGCUCUCUGAUUAUGUGUUUCUGACCUCUCUGUGAUCCAAUCUCUCUCACUACAGAGUCCAUGCUUAACUUUGACCAAGUGGUGCUGAUUCAGCAGUGCUGAAUUACCAUAUAUGACCCUCUCCUUUCUGUCCACCCCUAUCAUUUUGCAUGGCGCACUAAACAGUUUACUAUGUCCUCCUCUCUCUCCCUUAGUGUGUGAUUCUCUUUGAUGACGUGUCAUGUAACCCUCUUCCCUCUCUCUC